AUGGCUUUGGCCGCACAGCCGAGGACCGUCCUGGUCCUGUACGGCUCCGAGACAGGCAAUGCGCAAGAAAUCGCCGAGGAGCUGGGCAGGACAUGUCAGCGAUUGCAUUUUCAGAGCACGGUCGACGAGAUGAAUGCUGUGACACUGCCGACACUGCUGCAGAAUGAGCUCGUAAUAUUCGUCAUUUCUACUACUGGACAGGGUGACAUGCCACACAACUCUACUCUAUUCUGGAAGAGGUUGCUCCAGAGAAGACUACCGGCAGGCUGCCUGGCGCGGCUUCAGUAUACGUGUUUCGGGCUGGGCGACAGCACAUAUGUCAAAUUCAACUGGGCGGCGCGCAAGCUGCUUCGACGUCUGGACCAGCUGGGCGCCUCGACAUUCUACGACGCCUUUGAGGCGGAUGAGCAGUUUCCCGACGGCAUCGACGGGUCGUUUGCUCGCUGGUCCGAGGGCCUCUCCAAGCACUUGUUGGACAAGCACCCACAUCCCCAAGGGCUGGAGCCCAUCCCGCACGACGUCAUUCUCCCGCCACGCUGGUCCCUCGAACCGGCCUUGCGGGACAUUGAGAUCGCAGCCGCCUCCAAACCACACGAAAAUGGCGACGACGCGUCCACAACAGCGUCUCUGGCGUCCACGCCUCCUCCUGAUCUCCUACCCGUCCCUGGAGGCUGGACAGCCACCCUCGCCCUUAACCAACGCACAACGCCAGAGUCGCACUGGCAAGAUGUCCGCCUCGUCUCCUUCGACGUCCCCCCCAAGCCCAAAUAUGGUCCACCCCACGACGGCACGGCCACCGUAACAACCGAGCCGCUCCGCUGCCAGCCCGGCGACUGCCUCACCAUCUACCCCAAAAACUUCCCCGAGGACGCCCAGCGGCUCAUCGACCUCAUGGGCUGGGACGCCAUCGCUGAUGCGCCUCUCGAUCUGUCUCGGUGCGGCGCACUGCCACGCGGUCUCUAUGCGCCCCUGCAGACAACCCUGCGCGCCCUACUCCUCAAUAACGUCGACAUCACCGCCAUCCCGCGGCGCUCCUUUCUCAAGAGCAUGUCCUUCUUUUCCACCGAUGCCUACCACCGGGAGCGCCUGCUCGAGUUCACCAUGCCCGCCUACAUUGACGAGUAUUUCGACUACGCCACGCGCGCCCGCCGCACCAUCAUCGAGGUCCUCGAAGAGUUCACCUCGGUGCGCCUGCCCGCUGCGCGGCUCCUUGACGUCUUUCCGCUGAUUCGCGGCCGCGACUUUAGCAUCGCCAACGGCGGCGACCAGCUGCGCCCCGUCGCGCCCUCGUGCAGCGGCGGCGGCGCGCGCGUCGACCUCCUCGUCGCCCUCGUGCGCUACCAAACCGUCCUCCGCAAGCCUCGCCAGGGCCUCUGCUCGCGCUACCUCGCGAGCCUGCCCGUCGGCGCUACGCUCACCGUGAGCAAAAAGGACGCGCAGUCGCCCGUGUACGGCGCCGCCUGCGCCCGCCGCCCGCUCAUCGCCAUGGCCACCGGCACCGGCGUCGCGCCGGUCCGCAGCCUCCUCCACGAGCGCCAGACGCACGCCGGCGCCGACGAUGCUGCCAUCGGCCCCGCGCUGCUCUUCUUUGGCAACCGGAACCGCGCCGCCGACUACUUUUUCGAGGCCGAGUGGAAAGCACUGGGACACGAAGCGGUUGCCAAGGACGAGGCCAACGCAGCCACCCCUGCCGGCGGGCUCACCGUCUACCCGGCCUUUUCGCGCGAUCAGCGCGAAAAGGUGUACGUGCAGGACCUCGUCCGGCGCGAGGCGGCCGCGCUGGCCGCGCUCAUCCCGCUGCGGCCCAUCUUUGCUGUCUGCGGCGGCUCGUCUCGCAUGGCCGACGCGUGCCGGAGCGCCGUGUGGGAGCCGUUCCUGGCCGCGGCGGGCGACGACGAGGCGGACAGGGAGGAGCGCAGGAAGAUGCUCAGCGCCGUGACGUGGUGGCAGGAGAUCUGGUAG